UCGGCGAUGCGGAGGCAGAAGGUGAGAGUGUAAGCAUUAUAAUCUCUGCCGUUUUACCUCAACGAAAAUUACGGUCUGAUAUUUGUGCCACAAUUUGCUGUUGUAACGCGCCGAUCAGCUUUAGGAUACAGUUUGGGCCUGCUCAUGGGAGGUCUCAAGAUGGAGUUCCCAGCAAUCUGGUUCUCUGCAGUGAUUCUCUUUGCAUGUAUGUCUAAGCUCCUGGUGACCGGGCAACAGAAUGCACAGACACGAAUACCUGAUACUCUGAUUGAGUGUUAUCGGAAUCAGUCACUUCGACAUCCAGAGAACAGGCCGCCCAUGACUAUCCAAACAUUCAUUGACAUUAUCAGAAAAGUUGAAAAAUACCCAAGACAAACAAUGGAUAUCAAAGCAUUAACAACAUCAAUAUUACACAGGUUUCGACUUGAUGGUAUUGAAAAAAGUCAUGAUGUCAUGGAAACAGAAGGAGUGAUACCAUAUGCAGUUAAGGGAAACCAAUUCUACAAGCAUCGUCUCGUUUUGAGGUACCUUGUGCCUGCCAAUGAGUACCAGUUUCCAAAUGAAAGCCUGUCACAGGUUGAACUGUGCACAUUACAUUUCAUGCUGUCUCAUUCCAUUGACAAAACACAACGCGGUGAUGAAUCGACGGUGUGUGGAAGACUGUCCGAUUACAGAGCCGGAAGUGGAAAUCGUACACCACGAAAUUCACGAUACAGAAGACAAACGGAAGAGAAAGCAGUAGCUGCAGCCAAUGAGGAAGCCUCAGACACACAACAAGAAUAUCCAGAGUCAUCCAAAGAGUCGCCUAACAGCGAGGAAGACGAGACAACGCUGGGUGCUGUAGAUAUUUCUCAGAGCCCAGAAGGUGAAGGGUCGGGAGAUACAUCAAAACAAAAUGGUGAACACAAUCUGAAGCAAACAGAAGAACCGCCAGAAACUUCACAAGACAGCGCACAGAAGAAGCAAGCUGAAGUGGAAGUAAUAAAUCAAAAAACCACUGACAAUGGGACAAAGAGUGGGAAAUUUGUCUUUGAUGACGAUGUCGGGUAUAACCCCAAUCCAAACAAGAGAGCAAGACAGGUGCUGGAACCAACGGAUCCGCUCAACACUGACCGACAGAUACCUCGUGUAACUGUCACUACCGUUGAAAGCGACUGCCCUGUUGAAAAUGGUGUCGUAAGAACUAAAUGGGGCACCGUUUCGUUAGGAGCUGUGCUAGCUGGAGUAGCAGCAGGGCUCUACCCACAACAGAUCCCACUUCAAGAGUUUGUUCAGAGGACAAUAAGCCCACGAACACUACCACCAGAACUCAUGUCCACUGUAAUUGACAAUAAAUUUGCUGCCACUCUUGUAGGUGAUUUGGCAGAGGCUGCAUUGGAGCAGGGUCCCAAGAAACAAGAUGAUAUUAAAGUUGGUCUCAGUGGUGGAUGGAACAGCACACUUUUUCCGCGUUGGUAUUUUAACAAGGAGAAAGAUAAUCAUGAAAUAACCGACGCCGAGAUCCGUGGAGGGCUAGAUGGUUUGAUUUUGGGAACGCAUAUCGAUGAGUGGAGACGCUAUGUACCAGAAGGCGAAUUGAAACUUUCUCAAAUUCUGUCCAUGUAUUAUUCAGAAGAUGGAGUGUUCACACCUGAGUAUCGUGCUUGCCGGCGCAGGGAUCUCUACUCUGAAGUGGCACCAAACACAGUUAUGGAGGAGCAAACUUUCAGAUUCACUAUGGUUCUUGACCAGCAGUCAAUAAGCUCAGCCAGUGUAGAUGACGCCCGUGUCAAAAAAUUUGCAGAAACUGCCGUCAGGAAGCUGGGAACCUAUUUGCCUCAAAUUUAUGAGAAUCCGUGUAAAAUAAAAAGCACCACCACUCGAGAUGCACUCCCUCCAACUCUAUCAAUGUAUACCAAUGUAACAGUUGUAAUUGACAGAAAUUGGGAUUUCAAAUCCAUCAAGAAUAUUCUAUACAACUUGGCAAAUGACCUUGAACUUGGAGAAUAUGGAAGUCGAAUGACAGUGGUCGAUGGAAAGAACAGAGCGCCAUUCCUUAUUGAUGCAAUGUAUUCGCUUGAUGUUGACACAAACUUCACUGAGUCUGCUUACAUCACUCAUGAAGGAGGUAUGGAUAUUCCUAGAGCACUUGAGCAAGAGCUCAAGAGGAGCAUGGAAAAUCUCCUGAAAGCUGAGAAAGAGACUAGAACAGCUGGAGGGAGAUCAACAGUUAUCUUGUUCAUUCCGCGAGAUGUCAUCAAUCUCAACAAUAAUGAUUUGACAAUCGCAAAGGAGCAAAUAAAGUAUUUUAGGGAAUAUCUUCCAGAUGUUAAGUUCCUGUAUCUGGCUCCUGGAAACAAAGAGAAUUACAGGGAACUAGUUGACAAUCCUUCAAAUGAUGUGUUUACAAUUCCAUCCCAGAUAAAUGAAAAUGAUAUAACCACAAUCUGUGAUCCACUUAUUGACAGGAUUAAGAAAGUUUCACUGCGGCUGACUAACCCAGUGUGUGGAAGUGACUGGCAGGGAGAAAGUUAUCAAACUGCUGAGUACAUCCACUCUGUGAAGCAAAUGGGAGUCAAAUAUCAUCGACUCCAUCCAAACUACUUCUACGGAGUGUCAUCAGCUGUAGUCACAGUUUCACGCACCAAUAACGAUGAUUUGAGAGUCUGUUAUUCAAGAAAGUAUGAACAGCCUGAAAAUGCUACAAGUGGUAUCACAUGUAGACAGACACAGUCUGAGGAUGUUGAAAUCAAGCUUGACAAUCCUUGUGAAGGGUUUGAGUUUAUUUCCCAAUGUCCACCACUAUACAUUUCAGUUAUAUCUGAUACCAUGGUCCAACAGCCUAGCUGUAAGCACGAUUGUGUAUAUCCUCACAAUGUUCAGUACACAAUUAAACACCAAGGACUCGGCUGCACGGCAGGAAUUGGUCGUUUCUUGAGCGAUCCACAACUGAUUUCAUUUGCAGUGACCCUCAUACUGCUGCUCAAGUGUCUGUUUUCAUAACUGAUGUGUGCAACUGAACCAGAAGGAUGUUUAUUUAGAAGUACAGUUCCUCUUCUUAAGAACAUUUCCAUUUUAUAUGGGUUGAUGGAAGAAAGGUUCCUCCUUCCUUUCUUUCUGCAGACUUUCCCUUUUGAAUUUUUGCCAGCUCUUUAUUGUCUUCCAGUAACCGACUAAACCAUCUUGCUUUGGGUCAUCCCACAUAUCUCUUCCCUUCAAAUUUAACUAUAAUGUCCUCUCUGAUAAACUCAUUCUCUUCGUUCUUUUUACAUCACCAAACCACUGCAAUCAUUUAUAUUCUAUUAACAAACUUCUUCCCCAAACAUUUUAUUUUUCAUUCUCUUUUUGUUUUUCUCCUAGCACUUCUCAGAAAUUUUAUAUUUAGAAAUAUAAUGCUUUUAGUACAUAUUUUUCGUGUUAUGUGAUAGUUUGUAGAAACUGACACAGCAAAAAGAAAAGGGAAGCUAAGCCUGAAACAAGUUAUGGAGGUUCAUGGGGUUGUGAGAAAUGAGUACCACGAAUCUUCCUGGAGGUAAAGGGCGGCUAGUGUAAGUCUGAAAACCUCACU